AAUAUUGUUUCAAUACUGUUAACCAAUGCAUAUAAAUGUUCCUGGAUAAAAAGUAAACUGUUCAAAAUUAUUAGAGAUAUAAUAUUGUCAGAGAGAUAAACUAAAAAAUCUUCAAAGAUUACUUGCAUUAUAUUUAAAAGAGAUUUUUGCGACAUUUUGCAACAUUUAUAAAAGAGAAAUUUUAAAGUUUUACAUGUAACUUAAACUUCUGCAUUCCAUUAAUAUUCUAAGCAACAGUGUAAAAAAUACUUGACAAAACUCUGAAGUAAAUGGAAUCGAUAAAAUUUUUGUUUCAAACGACUUGUAUAAAGUUAAAAUCAAAGAAGUAUAUAAUUGACAAACGAGAAAAAAAUUAAAUAGAACUAUUUAUUUCAAGAGAAGCGAUCAGUUUUUUUAAUUAAAAAAAAAUGUUUUUUAAAUCUUCAUUUAUCAUAAACUUUAUGAUCGCAUGGUGCGAUUUCGAAGUAUGGCGGGAAAAGUCAGGAGAUUUUUUACUUGGUUCAACUUGCAUAAACCGCACUGCUGUUAUAAGACAAGACGAAACACACUCAGUUUAUUGUGCAACACAAAUGAAAGAAGCAGAUUGUUAUCUACUUUUUGAAGACUCGGAUGUUGUAGGAUUUAUUCCAAAAAACAACGAGACUGUUACUCUGAAAAUUAUUCCAGAAAAUGGAAAAAAUCAAUUUUGCAUGUCAAGUUACAAACCGUCAUUAGGUAAAAUUCUUUUACAAGAUUAUCCGAUGAAUAUAUAUAAAGAAGUUUGGAACGAUAAUACUGGUGUUGAUAUGAUUAAUAAAAGCAUGCAUUUGGAAAUCUCAAAUAGUGUGAUAAUCUUAACUGUAUUAGAGCAUUGGGACGGAAUUCUCCUUAAGUUAUACGUUAACUGUAAGAAUGAAGGUGAUGCGGACAAUGAACAACGAUGUGUUCUAAUCAAAUACGAAGGAUCAGUAACCCUUCCUCUGUCAUCAAUGUCGUUUAAUAAAGACGACUCUAUGUCAACAACAACAACAUCAACAACAACAAAAGCAACAACAAUUUCUACAUUAAAAUCGGACAUUAAUGUAAGUACCAACAGUGUACUUAAUAUAACAUUAAUCUUAACUUCGUUACCGGUAUCGAAUGGAGCCAUAAUAAACGAUGCAAAAUCAAGCAUUGUUAUCGCUGUUUUGUCGAGCGCGUGUAUUGGUACAUUAGUGAUUGUUGUAUUCAUUCUGGUGUAUAUAUGCUUUUGUUCAAGAAGAAAAGAAAAAAAUGUAAUCCAACGUCGUUCUCAAAACUCUGCAGUAAAUGAUAUUAAUCUCGAAGACGGAAAUAUUGUACGCGAAACAGAAAAUCUUUCAACAAAUGGUUUUCAAAAUUCAAGUAAAGAAUCUCAUAAGGUUGAUGCACAAAGUUUCAAUCCUGAAAAAAGAGUUAAAUUGAACCAACAAAAAAUUCCAGUGUUUGAAAGUUUUAAUAUCGCAAAAGAAGAAGAAGAGAAAAAUCCCAUCCAGUCAUUUUCUUAUGUUAGUAAAGAGAAUGUUACAAAGCUACCUGCCACCGGUAAGUUAUCUGCUGAUCAAACGUUACAAAAUCGAUUUGGAAAAGGUACUUCUAUUAAAAGAAAUUCCUUUCUUUCUACACAAUCAUUACCUGUUGAUCAGUUUUCUCAAAAAAAAUUGUCCAACUACUUGCGUGAAAAUAGUCCCGAAAAUUCAAACAAUUCUUUUGAAAUAACUGAAGUAACUCCAGGUCAUAGUUUAGAUAUUGAAAUUGAUGAGAUGUUUAUGUUUGAUGUAGAAAAACAUAGUGAUUUAGAUUAUGAGUCAACAAAAAAUAUAUCUCCAGUAUACGACAUAGUUACAAACAAUAACGUUAAGCAGUUUUCAUCAAAUAAGUUUAAUACUGAAAGAAAAAAAUUUAAAAAAAUUGUUGCCAUACCAUCAGGUGAAGAAGAAGAGCAAGUAGAAAACGAGUUUUUAGAAUUAAAACAUUCUAAAUCCAAUCUUUCAGAGUUACGUGUAAAUAAAUAUUUUAAUGACCAAAAUAAAGAUCCAAGAUCUAAAGUCAGCUUUGAAGAAGACCAACUAAAAGAUUACGAAGUUAUAGAAGAAAUGAUUCAUCAUUAUCAUUCAGUCAAUAGCGUUGUUGCACCUCAAUUAGCCAGAAAGAAAAGCCCCUCAUAUUCAAAAGAAUUAUUCCAAAAAUCACCUUUAACAUCUGAAAUAGCUAAAGGAAAAAAAAGCACAAAACUAGAAGAUAGUGUAAAAGGAAUACCAAUAAACAACUUUUCUCGAAACAGAUUUUUGAGUACUUCAAAUACAUCAUUGGAUGCUUCAAACUCUGCUUUAAACAGGUCACUAAGUGCUUCAAACGCUGCUUCAGAUAGAUCCUACGAGUUAAAUGUUACAGACAGAAAGUUAAAAAGUAUAAGCAAGUUAUCGGUACAUGAUUCGGAGUUAAACUUUCCUGAAGUUCACAACAAAACUAAUAAAACAUUCCGGCACAAGAGUGUUAUAACUGACAACAACAUGUUGACAUCGGAACUUAAAGCAUUAUCAUUUGACUAUAAAAGCAAUGCAAACAAAAACAAAAACAGUUUAAAUAGUUUCAAUAAUAAUCAAGAAAGUUUUUAUAAAGAUAAUAAACCAUUAAACAGAGAAAAGCUUAUGUUAUACUAUGCAAAUAUAAAAAAAACCAUGAGAGAAGUAUUCCAAAAUGAAAAUCUAAAAGCUAUGGACAAAUUUAAUAUUCACUCUCGAGGUUCUUAUAAUGUCGCAAAAAAGUCCAUACAAAAAGUAAAUCCCGAAGUUUUUGUUAUUAACAUAAGUGAAUCAUCUGAUAAAGACAGUUCUUCUAGGGUUAAAUAUAUAAGAGAUGAAUUUGAAAAAGUAAAAGAAAGCAAAUCUUUGCACAAAAAUUUAGAACAAAAGUCGUAUGGUAGUGUUACAUAUGGUAGUGUUGAAUAUGGUAGUGGUGCAUAUGGUAGUGUUGUUUCAAAUCUCUUUAAAUCUAGCACAGAUUUAAAUGAAAAUUAUUUAAAAGAUUUUGAGAAAAUCGAUUCAUCAGUAGAUUCAGCAAUGGUUUUGAAAUUUAACAAUCGAAAAAUGGAAAAUGAACAAGCAAACUUAUUAAAAUUAAAUGCUAACAAACUUAUAUUAAACAAAAAUUCAGCCCAUUUAAACAACAUUGAAGCCAAUUUCCACUCUAAUGAAACGUAUUUAUUAGGUCAAAGAGAAAAAAGUCGAAUGUUGGGUCGGCAAAUUAUUUCUUACGAUAACGCCUCAGAUUCUUUUAAUGAAGUACCAAUAAGCACCAGUUUGAAAAAAAGAAAUUCAGGAAUCAUGUUCAAAGAACUGUUUUUACAAAAUAAUAUUCCGUUUAUACAAAAACACCAUGUUCUUCCAAGUAAACUUUACAAAGAUUCAGGUUUUCAAUCUAAUGAUCAUUUAAAAACAAAUAAAUCCAAUAUGAAACAUUUGCAUCCGCCAAAUAAUGAAUUUUUACAAAAUACUACUUUUUUGAAUAAGAACUCAGUAAAUACGGAAUCAAUAGAUAAGUCAGUAAAUACGUCAAUAAAUACGAAUUUUAAAUUGUUAAAUACUGAAAACUCAUUACAAUCUGGAAGCGCAAAAAAUAUAUCCAAUAAUGAUGAAUCAAAGAUAUUGGACUUUCAAGAGCAAAAAAAGGUUAAAGAAAAUUCUUUUGAAACUUUUUCAAACUCAUAUUUUGAUCGCAGUUUUAACCCGGAAAACUACGAAGGACCCCCUGUUACAAGAAGAUCAACUAAAAGUAGAAAAGAGAUGUUAAAUACUCUUUACGGACAAAACCGUUUGAUUCCAUCAAAAAGAUUAGAAAAAUUUACAUCAUCAAAAGAAGUGGUGUCUUUGGAAAAAACUGCACCUAGAAAAGAAUCAGUUUCUCAAGAGUUGAAAACCUCUCAUCUUGACAUUAAAAACACUAAUAAUGAUAUAAGAAGUCUAAACAUUCUAACUUCAAACUUAGUUGAAAAAAAUAGUUCUAACGAAAUUAACCUAGAUAAUUUUACGGACCUUUUAAAGCAACAUAAACUUAACAAUAGAAAUACGGAGCAUGGUUUUGACCGCAAAACAAUGAAUGGCAAUUCAGAAGUUGUAGUUAUACCUGCAAACGUACAAUUCGACAGGCAUACCAGCCUAAAUAAUUAUAACAUUGAACUAGUAAACGAGGUAAAACCUGUAAAGUUAUUAGGUGGGUUAUCCCACACAAAUAUAAAAUAAAGCCUAAUAAAUGGUGCUUAAAUUAAA